AUGACGGACGAGAAGAAUAACCCCAUCCAAAUGGAGGACACGGACUCAAGCAUCGCCCAGGACGCGCCCCCAGUCUCUGCUUUUGCGACGUUGACCAGGGCGCAAUGCGUCAGAAAAUUCUGGCGUCUCUACCUUAGUGGACUUGGUGCAUGCAUUGCCGGACUUUAUGCUGGAUACGCCAAUUCAGUCAUUGGUAGCAUUGUGGCCAACCAAGGCUUCAUCAACCAGUACGGAACCGUCAAAGAUCCAGCCACCGGCAAGCUGGCACUCAACGCCACGCACAUUGCACUCUGGGGGGCACUCUACUUUGUCACCUGCAUCGCCAUUCAGCUUGUUGCACCUACAACUGCAGAUCGCUACGGCCGCAAGUUCAACAUGUGGGGCAUUACCGUCUUCAUUGGCAUAUGCUUCUCCAAAACAUGGUGGGAAAUUCUCAUCGCUCGAACCAUUGCUGGUUUUGCGGGCGGUUUGAUGGGUACAUCUUGCAUGGUGUUUAUGUCCGAGAUUGCGAUGCCCCAAUUUCGCGGUGCUCUCUUGGCAGCCUUUUCCAUGGCAUUUGCGCUCGGCCAAGUCUUCCUUGCAGUUGGUCUCAAGGUGCUUGAAGAAACUGAGCCACUCAAGUUCCGGCGCAUGUUCUACUCCGAAUUCGUUUUCACCGGUCUAUGGCUCAUUCCUCUGCUUCUGCUCCCAGAGUCUCCAGCAUGGUACUGCAACAAAGGAAGACAUGACGAGGGGAAAAAGGCCCUGCGUCGGCUUGUCGGCAAUGUUGAGGGCUACGACGUGGACCACGAAUACUCUGUUCUCGCAUAUGAAACCAAGAGGUCCAAGGAGCUGGCAGAGGCUGCCGGAUCUUCUGGAUGGGCGGCACUCCGUACCAAGACCAACCUCAAGCGCUGCAUCGUCGCCACACUUCCCUUCACAUUUCAAAAUGUUUGUGGUGUGCCUUUGAUGUUUGGGUACACCGUAUAUUUCUUCCAACUGGCGGGCGUCAAAGAUCCUUUCCUCGGCAACCUCAUAAAGCAAAUGGUCUUGGUCGUCGGAAUCUUGACGUCGUUCUACACUGUCGAUGUCGUUGGGCGUAGAGCUUUACUUAUUUACGGAGGCGUUGCUAUGUGCGUUAUCAACGUCCUUGUCGGUGGUCUAGGCUUCAUGGCACCAACGCCUGCUGGUGGGAUCGCUUUAGUAUUUCUUUGCUCGCUUUGGGCGUUUGUCUAUGCAAAUUCGCUAGCUCCAAUUGGUGAGUGCCACAAAAGACCAAGCUUCUUCGGACUCAUACUAAUUCCGGACAGGAUGGAUCAGUCUUGUCGAAACCUCUUCUCCCGAGCUUCGCGCUAA